AUGGGCGGCAAGAUUCUCAACUACGGUUCAUUCAACCUCGAUCAGACCUUCACAGUGCCUCACAUUGUCGAACCUGGUGAGACAUUGUCUGCUACAGGCUUCUCUCAACGCGCCGGUGGCAAAGGUGCAAAUCAAUCCGUAUCGUUGGCCAAGGGUGGUGGAAAGGUCUAUCAUGCUGGUGUCAUUGGCCAUGACGCUUCCUGGAUCAAGGAUUAUAUGACUGAACGUGGCGUGGAUAUGACCUAUAGCCAAAUCUCUGAUACUGUGGGCAAUGGUCGCGCUUUUAUCCAAGUGAGCAAUGAUGGUGAAAAUUGUAUUGUGCUUUUCCCUGGUACCAAUGAAUGUUACAACGCCACAGAUGCAAGCAAAGUGCUCGAGAACUUUGGUCCUGGCGAUUGGAUUGUGAUGCAAAAUGAAAUCAGUGCAGGAGGCGAUAUCAUGCGUGUGGCUUCUGAACGUGGUCUUUCUAUUCUAUUCAAUCCAGCACCCAUGACACCUGGUAUCAUUGAUGUCUUUCCUUUUGACAAGGUCGCCAUUCUCAUUGUUAAUGAAACCGAGGCUCGUUUCUUGUAUGAGCAAAUCUCUGGUGAAAAGGCUGAAGGAAAGGGUCUCGAUCUGGCUGCUGAAUUGUUGAAGCGUUUUCCCAAUAUGCAAGGUGUCGUUGUCACUCUUGGUUCACAAGGUGUGGUGGCCAAAUUCCAAAAAGCGGGAGGUGGCAUCCGGGACUUUAUUGUCCCAUGCCAAAAGGUCAAGGUCAAGGAUACAACAGGUGCUGGCGAUACUUUUGUGGGCUUUUUCCUAGCGGCGUUUGUGCGUAAUCAGGAGGAGGACUACUUUACACGAGUCAACAACGCUCUUGAGGAAGCUAAUAUUGCUGCAUCCAUAGCUGUGGAACGCGAGGGAUCAAUGGACUCCGUACCUACUUUGGAUGAAGUUCAAGCACGCAAAAGCCAACCACAGCAGUAG